GGCGGUCUGGCACUGUCGUCCGGUUGGCGCUAACGGUUGCGGGGGUCCUUGUGCCACAGCCCCCGCGCUGAUGCGGCGGGAAGCCUCCGGCAGGACCUGGUGUGCCGCGCGGGGCCGGCGGCCGGGGCCGGGCUCUGGCGGCCUCCCUGGCCUCCCUCCGCGGGUCGCGCCGGGCUCCUCCCGCUAUCGAGGUCCGAGCGUCCCGCCUGUCGCCGCGUCGGUCGGCGCGGAGCUGCAGCUCUGGGUGCUAAGAAAGUAAUUUCAAAGCCAGUCAGAGUAUGGCCUUUGAAAGGAUAAUGCAAAAGGACUGGUACAAAAUCCUGGGUGCGAAGCCAUCGGACAGUCCAACAGAACUAAAACGGAAGUACCAAAAACUUGCUUUAUUAUAUCAUCCAGACAAACAGAAGGCAGAUGUGCCAGCAGGAGAGGUAGAGGAGCGCAUGCAGAGGUUCAUCGAAAUUGAUCAAGCGUGGAAAAUUCUAGGGAACGAAGAGACAAAAAAAGAGUAUGACCUGCAGCAGCGUGAAGAUAACCUGACAAAAGAAUGGCCGCUACAUGCCCAAAUUUAUCUUGAGGAUAUGUCCUGGAAUGAAGAUGAACAAUGUUACACUCUCUCAUGCCGAUGUGGUGGGAAUUACACUGUCUUCAAGAGUGAAACCAAAGACAUAUCUUUGGUUUGUUGUGACACGUGUUCACUUGUUAUUGAGAUCCUUCAAUGAUUGUUUCAAUCAAGAACAUUAAGAGUUACAAACUUUUAAAAAGACUGGACAAACAUGGGACAGCAUCUGCUAAGACAUGUAUGUUAAAGAAAACGGGGGUACUACAGGAACAAGUUCAGUCAGCCUUAAGAAAGGCAAUGUGCCUAUUUGUUCACGUAGCUCUGCAGAUGUGAGGCUUGGUUUCUUCCUUCUGCAGCUAAAGAGCUAGUUAUUAAAAACUUCCAGAACAGAACACUAAGGUCUGUACAACUGGAAUAUAUCUCAUGAUCUAAAUAACAUUUCUUUCCCAGCAAACAACAGAGUAGCUUCUUUCAAUCUCAGUCUGUAUCAACUAUACCUUGGGCUCUACCUCUUAGGUUAAAUCCUUUUAACAGCUCAGAUGACAAAAUUUAAUCAGGAAGCAUACAUGUGAGAAUGCCUUGAAGAUAAAAGAGUAAGGUGCAUUAAUGGGAAACAGGCACAUUUUCUAUGCUAAAUAUUUAGCUUCGUUAAAUCCUCACAAGGACUUGAGCCUUGGAAAGAGGUGGCAGAGACUUGCAGAUCAAACAGGCUGGGAGCAAGUCUAGUAACUCUGUACUGGACUGCAACACUGCAUCUACAUUAACUUUUCGGCUUGGAGCAGGAGCAUGCUUUUGAACCAACUCUCUCCACCACCUGAACAAAUGCAAUCUUCAUUCCUUAGACAAAAACUAAGCGGACACUGUGCUCUGACCCUGUAUGGUCCACAGGCCCAAAUGAGAACCAGUUUAAGGAAAACCCUACACGAGAUCUGUGACUGGCAGAUCUGGAAGCUCACUGUUACUGUUUUCAGUUCCAAUCCUAGCAUGCCACACAACUUGCUAAUGUAGGCAUAGCUUAAAUGUGGCUUUGGAUGUAUGACAACAUAAUAGUGCAUUGUGCCUUUUUCAUCCCUUGUUAACAGUCAGUGCUAACCUUGGCUUGUAGUAAAAACCUAAACUUUCUAAUAAAUCCAAGCACUUACUGUGAACAGCCAGAGGAAACAGAGUAAGAAAGAGGCAUAUCAUUUUUGUUCAUGACAGCAGUAUAUCAUUCCCACUUUCAAGUUAGAUGUAAUCUCAGAAAAAGACAUCUUUGUCAAGUAAUACUUUUGUUUAUUCUAAACAAAAAUAGUUCCAUUGAUUUUAGUAGAAAAUAUUAUGAAAGCUGGCAAUAAUCACUUAAAUCUUUUAAUCAUCAAGAAAUCUAUGGCCAUUGGGGCUUGCACGUAGAAAUCCAAAGUCAGUCAGAGGCCAUACCUGCAAAAUAAAAUACAGUUACAAGAGGUUUUUAUCACAACUCGAAGUUCAGUAUUUUCAUUUGUUAUUGUUGUGUUUCAUAAACUGCAUCAUUUUUUAGCUCUUUGAUUGACAGGAUAUAUGAACUUUCCUCACCUGUGUGUUUCUUUUAUUAGGGGUAAUAAAUACUAUAUAUCAGGAGGAACCAUCAUUCCAUAGUGGCUGGGGACAACACUGAUUUAUACACAGCAUACUUUGCUAUGGAAAGCCUCACAAAUUACUUUUUUUUCAGCCUUGGAAACAAAAACAUUCCUAGAAAAUAUCUUUCAAAUUCAAAGUUUUAAGUUGUUAAGAGGUUUACAAGCUAGAAAAGACAAAGCAUAUAUGUUUGAUCCAUCUAGGAGAAGAAGGAAUACCACGAACAUUACCUCCCAGUGAAAGUAGUUCUGGGAGGUGUACAUUUGUAUUUUCAAGCUGGGCAUUUGAACUGCAAACACCAAAUCUUGGAAAAAAAUUCCAUAAGCGUAUAGGUAAGCUUAUACCAUGCAAGUAUGUAUAAAGGGGUGGAGUGCCUGCCACCAGCAGGGGCUUCUCUGAGUUAAAGGAGCACAAAUAUGACCAAAUACAAGCACAAGUCUCAGAGAAUGAUGCUCAUGAGUAAGAAAAAAACUUUCUCUCCAGAAAUUAACUAUAUAGCUGUUCAUACUACUGAAUGCUCCCAGGAGUACUUUCCUCUGAACAUUCACUAAUUACAUGUAGGCUGGUCUUGGAUGCAAAAAAAAAACGUAAUAGGGAAUCAAGGACAUUCUUUUAUACUUUGUCCUUUGUCUCCCUUGACUACCUGUGUCUCUUCGCUCACGCUCUUUCAAAGAUGGCACAAGGGGAUCAGCAGGAAGAAGGCAAAGAGAUGAUGUUGAAGAAUGAAUGCCCUCUGUGGCUCUAAUCCCAUAAAAAUCUCACAGCCCCUGCUUAAGAUGAAGCAACCUAGACAGAGAAAUAUGAUGCACUACCUUGUUCCCAAAGCAUCUGUUAGUAGGAUGUUUAUCUUACUCAAUUUUACUUAGAAUUUGAUCUUAAGGAAGGUAUACAGUCACCUUCCAGGAACAGCAUCUUACUCCUUGAGUUCACGGAACAGCCACAACACAGAAGGAGUCUUUGUUGCUUUCUGUGUGGAGCGAAGAAGUAAUUUUCUUACUUUAAAAGAGGAAGCACAGUGCCAAGGUUCAAUAUUUCAAACCCUGUGACUUAUCCCCCGCACCAAAGACAAUGACAGGAGAGGCAGAGGCAGUUAAGGAUGGGAGACCGAGUAGCACGAUGUAGCAUCACCUUACUGCUAGACUGGGACCAUGCGGUGCUAGAAGCUCCCUGGACUUGCCUCUGUCAGGCCCCUUGCAGCACUGGGCGAAGUUGCCAUCAGUUGGAUUGUGCCUGGGCCCUCAGGAAGACAGAAGGACCUCAGGUUUUCUGCAAAAGGCUCGAAGCGCUCUCAUGCAAGUAUCUUAGAAAAUACAUGUCUUUUUGGGAUGUGCGUUUAGGAAACAACAUCUGCUGAUAUACAGAAGCACACAGAGGUAAUGUCAUGUGUCUAUAUGCAUGUUUCUCUAUUAGCCAGCAAGCUGUUUUAAGUUAAGUUCCACACAAAUAGAGAGAGAUACGAACCAACAACAGAAAGAUAUUUGUGAUCUUGAUUAGAAGCAAAGCUACAGCAUUGAAGGCUCUCCAGAGGGCCUAUACUGGCUGUAAAAGGGAAUAGGAAUAUCCCAUAAUCUAUCCCAAAUCUAAGCUGAUUUGAAUAAAGGCCCAGAGAAGGAAAUUUCUUUGGCUGUUCGCUAUGGCACAAAUCUCAUUUCAGGCAACUCAAGUCACGCCUAUUGCAACUUGAUUUUCUUUCAGUGAAAGUAAUCAACUGUUUUGACAAUUUAGUUUCAAAUUCAUCACAAUAAUCUUAGUGGUAGACUUAGAAUGAAAAUGAUGUUUUAUCUAGUCUGUGUGCAGGAGAGAAUGUGAGAAAUAACAGUCAUGGUUGGAAAGGAGACAGAACAAGCCCUCUGUGUGAAACAAAGACAUGCCACUUGUGUGUAGCAAUUCCCAAGUUGUGACAGAAGUUGACUCUGACUUGUUGGUUCAAACCGGGUAGUCCAAUUAGCAGCUAUUUCCCCUUGCCCUCUUUGGUUUGGCCUACAUAGAUUUGAUCUGAUGGCUGGGGGAAUAAAUGGGGCUAAGUAGCUCUUUUGAAGAUACACUACAGGUCUGUUUUUGACACGGAGCCCAAGUCCAGGGAGGACUAUCCAUAGGAUAUCCUAUGUAGGACAGGAUGAAGCAUGAGUUCUGUCAGGGUGGGACUCCCUAGGCUUUUACUGAAUUUGCAGCUACUUUGAUUUCAGUGGCCUUUUUAUGGAAUGAACUUGUCUCUCAGAGUGGCAGUUGAUGUGCUGGCUGAGAGGAAAACAGGGCAAAUAUAAUCAAGUAUCGUUAUUUCUGUAUGGUUUAAAAACUGGUAUACCAACUUUGACUGAGAAUCUUAGGUCUAAACUUCAUAGAUAAGGUACAGAGAGAAUUAACAUUUAUGUUUUGGCAAGAAUAGGUUGCCUAAAUAAGCUUGGUACAAGCUUUCUCUCUUCUGCUGAAAUCCACUACUUCCAAAUUAAUUUUUUUUUUCUUUGCAUCCAUUACUAAAAAUGUAACUUAGCAUUCAAAGGCACUGUUACAUCUGCUUCUCCAAAAUCCACUUUAAGGUAAAGCCACAUAAGCUUCCAUUCUCAAGGUAAUAAAAGAUUUUUCAUGAAAAUGAAGCCAAACCUCUACUAGACUGCAUUAAAAAGCAUAUGUAGGCUUCUUGGUCUACUAAUUAGCUACCACCACACAGAUGAGCUGUAUUCUGCUGCCUUUCACUGUAAUGUUCAAUAGCAAGAUCACUGUAUUCCAAUGUGAAUUACCACAAACAAGCCAAACUAUAAACACUCAUUUGAAGAAUAAACUUAUUUUUGCUUUUGUGAGGCACCAUAUACUUAAAUCUCAUUAAAAUGUUAAUAAUCACUACCCUAUGUACCAUCAUAAAACAACUGCUAUAAAAUUUAAAUAAUUAUUUUGAAGUAUCAAGUGAUUGCAUAUUAUCUUUUUAAACAGUCAAUAUUCUGUAGUCCUAAAGUACUACUUCAAUAUGUAAUAUUUGUGUUUAAGUUCCAUUCAUUUUACAGAGUUUACUGCUGCUAAAUUUAGGGUUCAGUCCUGUCAGUCAUCUCUCAAACAUCUUUCUUGUUGGCGUGCAAGCUGGACACAAAUUUACUGCUGUGGAGAUACACUAUGAAUAAUUAUGGCUGUCCAUAUACAUAGGUUCUUAAUAAGUACAUUAUUUGCUAACUGUCCUCUUGAAGUACUAAACUGUUUUUCUAUACUAGUACAUCUAUUGCAGAAAUUUUUUUUCAGUUGGAUUAUUAAUACCACAUGCUUAUUAAGAGGGCUGUCAGCACAUUAGCAUCAUUUGUAUUUUAGCAGUUAAUAAUCCAAGCUAAAGCUUGGGUCAUAAAAAUAGCCCUAUUUAGAAUCAGCACUUUUCCCCUGGUGUACAUGGAGGCAAACAAUACAGAGAAGGAACAGAGCACACUCAAUAAACACUAGAGAAGAACUCAAAGCAAACGCUAUCCUGAAAGAACAGAGGUCAGACAAAACUCUGUGGUGGGGCUGAGGGGGACAUGUUAUUUGAGGUUUAGUAAGCAAUUAGGGAUUAUGGUUAAUAGCUGCAAGCUUUUUUGAAAAGUCCUAAGUUGUGUUCAUAAAAACUGUAAACUAAGUACAUAAAACUUUGUUAAAUUGGAAAGAUCUAAUCUUCCCUGUGCAUGUAAUACAGCUGUCUGACACUGUAUUUUUGUGGAUGUGUUCAAUAUAGAAAGAACGGUUUUCAAAACCUUUUUUUUAUUGUUCUGAAUGGCACCAUUUUAAAUCUAGCUUUCUAAAGGCUGGUGCAUAAGUCUAUAAUACAUACUCUGUUGUUUCUUGAACUUUUAUGGAGAGAAAAUUAUCUUAGUUUAUUCUUUUUGGUAAAUGAAUAAAUUAAUAAUGCAGACAUUAUGGAAAAGUAAUUUAGUGUGAAAUAAAGCUGUAGAAUUGUUGAAGCACGAGAAGGAACCAUGGAGGUUUAUACAAUACAAUAUUAAUUCAAAGCAUUAUUUUUUUUAAAUAAAAAAGUAGUGGACA